ACUUAUAAUAAUUUCAUGAUAACAUAUUUGACAACAUAACAAUACCCAUUUACUUUCAGAGAGGAUUGUAACUGCUAUUGAAGAUGUUCGUUUUAAUACAAAUUCUUGUUCUUACCGUUUCUAUCUUUGCAGAAGAGACCAGAAUGAGUCCAGGCGAUAUAAAAUUAGUCUUAUGUGAGGAAGAUUAUGCUGAAAUCGCAGCAAUGGCAAUGGAAUGUAUGGAAACCGCUGAUUACUCAUUUUUCCAAGAUACAGAAGAUUGCUUUACUGGUGUGAAAGAAGAAACUCCACAAGGUUUAAAAGACUAUUACUGUUCGCAUGAGGUAGAAGAUUUAGAGAAGGAAGAAGACUGUGCUACUCAAUGGUUGGAAGAAAAUGGCAGGGGAGAAGAAAUAUUGAACAUGAAGAAGCAUGUUGCGCAUUGUGUCAUUGAAAAAAUGAAUUCUAAUGGAGAGCAAAAGGAGGAAUGAUAUGCGUCAAUGCCCUCUAACAACAGUCAACAAUGAUUAUAUAAACUUUGUACAUCUGUUACCAUUUAUUAAAUUCAAAAAUAUUUAAAAAAAAUCUUAAUAAAGUUAUUAUGACAAUUCA